AUGCCGGGCUGGCGCAGUGAGGCGGUGCAGUUGCAGCCGGGCCGGCUGAGCGCAGGGCAGAGCGCAGCGGGCAGGCGAGGGCCGUGCAGGGGCAGCUGGCGGGAGCGCAGGCACGGAGGGUGUGAGCGGCGGGCGCCGAGGGCAGCGGCUGCCGGAGCGGGGCCGGGCCGGGCCGGAGCCGGGCCCGGGGCCGCUGCCGCCCGCCGGCGCAGGGCGAGGCAGCGAAGGGCGCCGCUCGCAGGCAGCGCAUCCGCCCGGGGCCGGGCCGGGCCGGGCGGGCGUCCGGCUGCUGCUGCCGCCGUGCCCGGCUGCCCCCGCCCGCCCGCCCGCCGUGCCCGCGCUCCCCUCCCGGCCGCGCUCCGCUCGGGGCUCCGCCGGGGCCGGGCCGGGCCCGCUCCGCUGCCGGGACGCGGCUCCCCGGGGCUGCCCGCGCUGCCCAGCCGGGCCCGGGCCCUGCGGCACCUGCGGCCGCCCGGCAGAGCCUGCAGGGGCCGCAUCCUGCUGGGAACGCCCGCAUCCCCCGGGCCCCACUCACCCCGACGCCUUUCCCGCUGCUGCCGUGGCCGGGAUCCCGGCCCGCGGCUCCCGCUAUAA